ACUUUGUCGAUCCGUCUAGGCUAACGUUAGUAGUUACUUUGCCCCCAGCAACGACUAGCUCCCUGUUUUUUUUAAACUUCUUCGCUCAGAUCCGGUGGGGCAGUCUCAUCCUCUUGUUUCUAUUUGUGUUUUAGUCAGACCUAAUGUCAACCUGAGCCAUUUUCAGCGAUCGCUUCGCCUUUGCUGGCCAAGCUAAACGCGUUAGCCAGGUUAGCUGUUCGGCUAACCAGCUCUGGCUGCCUCUCUGCAACAACCAGCGAAGCCAAUUAGCUUAGCUUCCUAGCUCGCUAGCUUUGCUAACUCCCCUUUAAAACUUGACACUGACGGACACAAGUGGUUCUGGCUUGUUGCUGACAAGCCAGUUUACUAAAACUCGUGUCGUAGCCAUGUCUGGACAGUCAUCCGGCGGUGGGUUUCUGAUGUCGGUAGUUGUCCACGGAGACUCGGCUCUGAACGAGCAGGAAAAAGAGCUCAAUCAACGGCUCCGACGGCUCUAUCCGGCCGUUAACGAAAACGAGACUCCACUUCCCCGAUCCUGGAGCCCGAAGGACAAGUUCAGCUACAUCGGACUGUCUCAGAACAACCUCCGUGUACACUAUAAAGGUCAUGGAAAAACACCCAAAGAUGCUGCAUCAGUGCGGGCCACCCACCCUAUCCCAGCUGCCUGCGGGGUCUACUACUUUGAGGUGAAGAUCAUCAGUAAAGGCAGAGAUGGGUACAUGGGUAUCGGCCUCUCAGCUCAGGGUGUAAACAUGAACAGACUCCCUGGUUGGGACAAGCACUCUUAUGGUUACCAUGGAGAUGACGGCCACUCCUUCUGCUCGUCUGGCACCGGGCAACCUUAUGGACCCACGUUUACAACAGGCGAUGUGAUUGGCUGCUGCGUUAACCUCAUCAACAACACCUGCUUCUACACAAAGAAUGGCCACAGCCUAGGUAUUGCCUUCACAGACCUACCACCUAACUUGUACCCGACCGUGGGCCUUCAGACUCCAGGGGAAGUGGUGGAUGCAAACUUCGGGCAGCACCCAUUCGUGUUUGACAUUGAAGACUACAUGAGGGAAUGGAGGACAAAAAUUCAGGCCCAGAUCGACCGCUUCCCCAUCGGAGAGCGCGAGGGCGAGUGGCAGUCCAUGAUCCAGAAGAUGGUGGCUUCUUACCUGGUGCACCACAGCUAUUGCGCCACAGCUGAAGCCUUCGCCAAAUCCACCGAUCAGGCCGUGCAUGAGGAGCUGGCCUCCAUCAAAAACCGGCAGAAGAUCCAGAAGCUGGUGUUGUCGGGUAGAAUGGGUGAAGCCAUUGAGACCACCCAGCAGCUGUACCCCAACCUCCUGGAGAGGAACCCAGACCUUCUCUUCAUGCUCAAGGUGAGACAGUUCAUAGAGAUGGUGAACGGGACAGACAGCGAGGUGAGAUGUCUGGGAGGUCGCAGCCCAAAGUCUCAGGACAGUUACCCCGGGUCACCCCGGCCCUUCAGCAGCCCCAGCCACAAAGCCAGCAGCUCCCAGCCCUACCUCACAGGGUUUGACAGCAACUGCUGUAAUGGUGUGACGUCUAAUAAGAGCCACAGCUCCUCCCCUCACAGUCAUAAGCCCUGCCCCCCGGGCUCUGGCUCCACCCUCCCGGCAUCCGACAUCAGCCUCAACGGGAGUCGCAGCCAACAGCCGAUAACCAGGGGCUCAAGUACUGCUGUUAUGUCAAAGCUGCCGGCGUCUCAGAGUAAUGAUGUGGAUAUGGAGGUCGAUCACUUCACCAACGGAGUGACAGAAUCGUCUUCCAAUGGUUUUCUCAACGGCACCUCCAAACACACCACGGAGCCUGACGACUGUGACGCAGAUAUGGAGGUGGAGUCAGCACAAUCUAAGAGGCAGCUGUGCGGCGGAAGCCAGGCGGCCAUCGAGAGAAUGAUCCAUUUUGGCAGGGAGCUCCAGAGCAUGAGUGAACACCUCCGCCGUGAGUGCGGCAAGAACUCUGCUAACAAGAAGAUGCUCAAGGAUGCAUUCAGCCUGCUGGCCUACUCGGACCCGUGGAACAGCCCAGUCGGAUACCAGCUGGACGCCAUUCAGAGAGAGCCGGUCUGCUCCACUCUCAACAGUGCAAUAUUAGAGACUCACAACCUGCCCAAGCAGCCUCCCCUGGCCCAGGCCGUGGGUCAGGCUGCCCAAUGCCUCGCCAUGAUGGCACGAACUGGCAGUGGCUCCUGCGCCUUCGCCUCUGUGGACGAUUACCUACACUAGCCCCGUGUGCACGCAGACACACACACACACACACACACACAAACACACACACCACACACACUCUCCAAGGGCCUGUCCAGAAAUGCUUCUUUCCAACUGCUCAGUCAGUGUAGUCCUAUUAGCCGAGGAGGCAUUCCUCUGCACGCCGUCAUAGAAAGUCAACCAUCUCACUCGCUUCUGGUUCUCCUGUUGCUGAACGCCGCUGAGGGUCAGAAGACAUUUUUGGGCAGAUCCUUAGUGACACCACCUCCUUUUCCAUCAUAAAUAUGAAAUUACACCUCCACCUUCGGUUGGCUCCCCAUGCGUCUGCCUCCAUCUAACUGACAGUAGCUGACUUUAAAAAAUAAUCGGGGGGGCUGAACUCGUGUGGACGUGCCACAGUCCCCACAUUCCUGGGGGAGGAAUUGAACCGGGGGUGGACAGACUCUUUAAAAAAAUAUCUCUGGUCAAACAUAAAUGGGGGGGGCAACAAUAAGAAAACAGACGAGUGGCCGCCAUGGUUGACCCACCAUUAACGUGGUCCCUGUAAACCUGUGGCUUACCAGGCAAACACACACAGAAAACACAAACAUACACACACACACAAAUAAACACGGAGGCAAGCUGAUGCUGAUGCUGGGAUUGAAAAGUCCAUCUCACCGAGGCUUGCUCAAACUCCGGCCAAUGCGACCCUCCGUUAUGGCCUACCCCCCCCCCCCUUCCGUAACUCUUCACCCUCCCUGCACCGCCUCCCUCCUGCUACCUUCCACUGACUUCAGGACAUCGGCGAAGAUAUGUGUGACGUACGUGGACUCGGGACUUCAGAGAAGCCAGAGAGAAUCUACAGUCUCGACUCAGCGUUCCCUAUUUUCAGUCUUUUGUUUAGUUUUUGUUUUUCUUCGGCGAAGUGGGCAGACGUGGGGAGGGGGGGAGGCGGGGUUACCUGGCUCUUGUUUUGUUUAGUUUUUCCAGGUUUACGAGGCAUGGUGCAGACGACGAUGAUUAUUCUUAUUAUUAUUCUAAUUAUCAAUAUAUUAAUUAUUGUUACUUGCAUUCACAGUAUAUUUGUUGAGCGCCAGCAAGAGCAAGUUCCUCCAACUUAUUAUAAUAAAGGUCCCGAUUCCACCGAU